AUUUAUCGAUGGUUUAUUUUAAGCGUAGCCAGUUUCACAACGAUCACAGACUUUUCUAAUCAGCCAUCAGUAACAAAUCCAUCACACAAUUCUCAUCAACGCAACCACAAACCCAACCCUGUGAAACAUCAAUCGAGCGCUCCUGUGAGAACACACCAUUCUAUCUGUUCUUCAAAUAAAGCAAUUUUGAAACUUUUCCCUGUCAUAAAGCAACAGAACAGUGCUCCGCAGUUCCCAAACGUUGCAAUUGUUUAAUAGGAUUUAAACAAUUUUCGCGUACUUUACUGAUUGAUGUAGGGCGGCUUAGCUCAAUCUGGAAGGUCACUAACCUCUUGUUGUGGACAAAAGAUAUUUUGCCGUCCGCUGAUUUACAUGUCUAGUAAUUACCUCUUGACGUGCUCGGUUAAUUCGGUAGAAAAAUUGAAAAGCUCGGUUCAACAGCAAACAAAGGGCAGUGGAGCAUGCGAAUGAUAUCGUGCUUGUUUACGCAAUUAUUAUCGAUGAAAACUGCCGCGAACAAUUACUCAGACAAUUGCCUAGCAGCUGUUCAUGGUUGAACUGGCAACAGACAAAAAUUUAAACGAACUGUGCAUUUUCGCAGUUCAGAGCAGUAGCUCAAGUGCCACCAUUUAUCAGUGGUGAAAUUUUCCUCUAGAAUGCUUCGAAGACGAGGUUCUGCGCCAGCCGUCGUGCUACAACAACAUUUCGCGGAAUCAAAAGGGGUCAUCUUGAGAGCGGACCGCAUAAUCCCUCCUUUAGAAACGCAGAAAUUGUCCAAGGCUAAACGAGGUAAGAAGGAUUUCGCGGAAAGGGGUUGCAGCCCUCCACCACAAGUUCCUUCGUCCCCGGACAGAAAGACUAACGAAGCGCGUUACAGUGGUGACUAUGACAGCCCAUCACCCAGAUGUCCGAGUCCGCCUGGAUCACCAAGCUCCCCAGUAUUAAGUAAGAAACCAAUGAAAUAUCGAUCAAGGAGAAGAGACAGCGAGCCUUUUGUGGGUCAGCCACCCGCGUCGUUAAAUUCGCGCAACACGACAUCGAGUUCGUUACACAGAAGAAGCAGCUCGUUCAGAGAUUAUAACAUUGUUCUUCUUGGACAGGGAGGUGUUGGGAAAUCGGCAUUGUUAGUGCGGUUUACAACCGGAAGAUUUAUUCAUGAAUACGACCCAACCCUUG